GGCGCGGAGCGUGUGGCCCCCGCGGCUCUGCACCCAGUCGAAGAUGGCGGUGUCCGUGUUCUCCGGCGUGCGGCUCCUCUCCAUCGUGGAUGCCAACGGAGAGAUACAGCGGCACGCCGAGCAGCAGCCCCUGCGGCUGGAAGUGAAAUCCACGCCGGACGCGGCCCUGAUUAACCUUUCCAACGCAGAGGACACGUGUCUCUUCAAAUGCUCGGUGUCACGGCAGACAGAGUGCAGUCGCGUGGGCAAGCAGUCCUUCAUCAUCACACUGGGCUGCAACAGUGUCCUGCUGCAGUUCACCUCCCCGGCAGACUUCAACUCCUUCUACAACAUCCACAGUCGUGGACACAGCGUGGAGAGGUCCGUGUUCAGUGAACGGACAGAGGAGUCCUCUGCUGUGCAGUACUUUCAGUUUUAUGGCUACCUCUCCCAGCAGCAGAACAUGAUGCAGGAUUACGUCCGGACAGGAACGUACCAGCGGGCCAUCCUUCAGAACCACACUGACUUCAAGGACAAGGUGGUGCUGGACGUGGGCUGCGGCUCCGGUAUCCUGUCCUUCUUCGCCGCCCAGGCGGGAGCGAGGAAGGUGUAUGCGGUGGAAGCCAGCACCAUGGCCCAGCACGCCGAGGUCCUAGUGAACAGCAACGGGCUGACAGACCGGGUGGUGGUGAUCCCGGGCAAGGUGGAGGAGGUGACCCUACCCGAGCAGGUGGACAUCAUCAUCUCCGAGCCCAUGGGCUACAUGCUCUUCAAUGAGAGGAUGCUGGAGAGCUACCUGCACGCCAAGAAGUUCCUCAAACCCAACGGUAACCUGUUCCCCACCAUCGGCGACGUGCACCUGGCCCCCUUCACAGACGAGCAGCUCUACAUGGAGCAGUUCACCAAGGCAAACUUCUGGUACCAGCCAUCCUUCCAUGGCGUCGACCUGUCUGCCCUCAGGUGGGCUGCCGUCGACGAGUAUUUCCGGCAGCCGAUCGACACCUUCGAUAUCCGCAUCUUGAUGGCCAAGUCGGUGAAGUACACGGUCAACUUCUUGGAUGCCAAGGAAGGAGAUCUUCACAGGAUAGAGAUCCCCUACAAGUUCCUCAUGGUCCAUUCGGGCCUGGUGCACGGCCUGGCAUUCUGGUUUGACGUGGCUUUCAUCGGCUCAGUGAUGACAGUCUGGCUGUCCACGGCCCCCACGGAGCCCCUCACCCACUGGUAUCAGGUGCGCUGCCUCCUGCAGUCACCCCUCUUCGCCAAGGCUGGGGACACCAUGUCCGGCACGGUGCUGCUCAUCGCCAACAAGAGGCAGAGUUACGAUAUCAGCAUCGUGGCCCAGGUGGACCAGACCGGCUCCAAAUCCAGCAACUUGCUGGAUCUGAAAAACCCCUUUUUCAGGUACACAGGGGCGAGUCCAGCACCGCCUCCUGGCUCACACUACACCUCCCCGUCUGAAAACAUGUGGAACACAGCGGGGACCUACAGCGUAAACCAGGGCAUGCCCGGCUCAGGGAUGCCUGCGGCCUAUGACCUGAGCACCGUCAUCGGCAGUGGCUCCUCGGUGUCGCAUAACAACCUCAUUCCUCUGGUCAACGCGGGGAUUGUGAACCACACCCACUCCAGAAUGGGCUCCAUCAUGAGCACAGGCAUCGUCCAGGGAAGCUCAGCUGGCCAAUCAGGACCAAAGCAGCAGCAGCAGCCCCACUACCCAGUGAACACCCAGCUGACCAUGGGCGGCCCACCCCUCUCCAUGGCCUCUCCCAUGGCCAUCCCCAGCAGCACCAUGCACUAUGGCAGUUAGGGACCCCCCCCAGCCUGCCCGAGGUGCAUACCCUGACCCCCAACCCACCCCCUCCCAACCAGAGGAAAACCAAAACUGGCGACUUUCGAAAAGAGCCAUUUUUUUUUGGGUCAUCUCAGCGGUAUUCUGCACCUUUGCACCCCCACUCCAGGCUCCUUUCUUCACACCUUCCCAUCAGUUUCAACAGUGCCCCCCCCCUCCCCCCGCAAGGCCCACCUGAUCCGUCAUGAUUGUCGCCCAUUGGCAGCCCAUGGGCUGAAGGACAGAGAGGCUGUUGCACCGGAUGCGAUACUCGUUAUUCCCAGGAUACUCGUACGUGUGACUCCCAGACUUGACUCUGCCGCUCCAUGGGGUGACCUUGCUUUCACCCCUGAACCCGUCACAGUGACCUUCACGGCUGGUCACGUCUCGCUGUCCAUCUCUGGAGUGUUACCUGCCCGUGGUGUUUGAGGCUCCCCCCACUUCAGACAUGGCCUCUCCGCCGGGAACAAAUCCUUCUGCUCGCCUCAGAACUUUGCGUGAGCGAAGUGUUUCUGCACGGCGAUUUGUGGGUUAGUCGACUCGGAGGACCAGGAGACCGGGAAGCCCGGGCCGCUGCUCGAUGAUCCAUUUUGUGUGUGUGUGUGUUUUUGCUACGCUGAGCUUCCCGCUAGUCUAGCAGGUGAUACUUGUCUAAACAUGCACCUCUCCACCUGUAGACUUCCAGCAUUUUCUAACUGAACUUACCCCCAUACUGCUUAGGUGGAUGAUGUGGACAGGUUGUUAGAGAACCUCUGAGCCCCCUCCCCUUUCGGUGCAUUUGAGGAAUGAACCCCAAAGAGGUGUGUUGGGGCGGGGUGAGUGUGGAACACGGCCUGGGCCUCAGACUUUGGAGCGAUGCUGGUUGGCUCGGCCGUACCGUCCUCCUUAUCCUGCGCUCUGAGACCAACAGGCUGCUGUGUGUACCUUUCCCCCCCCCCCCCCCCCAAAGGCAGUAUUUGUUGCCUCAGCUGUGAACAGAGAAACAAGCAGGUUCUCUUGUUUGCUUUCAGUCAUAGGUCAUGGACUUUGUCAAUUUUGAUUUUGAAACUUUUAAGGAGGAACUUAGUGUCUUGUCUAGUUUGUAGAGUUUUGCCUUCCCCCCCCCCACCCCCUUUCACACAAAAGACAAACAAAAACCACAAAAACGAGCAGAUUAAACUGUGGAGAAGGCCUUGUAAUUUA